UCAAAAUCAAACAAAAACUGUUGAAAAAGUGAAAAAGGGCCCCAGCGCUUGGUUUUGGUCUCGCAGUUUUUUCGUGUUUUGUCCUGAUUAUUUGCUAAAGAUCCAGAGAUUGCAGAAAGAUGCCACCGAAAAACGCCGGCGGUCGGAAGAAGGCCGCCAACGGGUACCAGAUGCCGGCGCCGGUCCCACUUGGGACGCUCCUCACCGAUAUGGCCAAGCGCCAGUGGAAGGUGGGCCCGUCGAUCGGUAGCGGCGGCUUCGGGGAGAUUUACUGCGCGUGCGAGGCCAGUUCCGGCACGAAGCGCACCGACGACUAUCCGUACGUGGUGAAGAUUGAACCUCACGGCAACGGGCCCCUUUUUGUGGAGAUGCACUUUUACAUGCGUAACGCCAAGCAGGACGAGAUUGAAAAGUUUCGGAAGGCGCGCGGCCUUAAACAUCUGGGCAUGCCGCACUUUGUGGGCAACGGAUCGCACGAGCUGCAGAACCUGAAGCAUCGCUUUCUGGUGAUGCCCCGCUACAGUAUGGAUCUGUGGGGAAUCUUCCUGAAGAACGAGAAGCGGUUCCCACAGCACACGGUGUACCGGAUUGCGCUGCAAAUGGUGGACGUACUGGAGUAUAUUCACGAGUGCUCGUACGUUCAUGCGGAUUUGAAGGCGGCGAACAUAUUGCUGGGAUUCGGAAAGACGGCCAGCAAGCAGCAGCUGUACUUGGUGGACUUUGGCCUGGCGAGUCACUACACGAACAAGGACUUCAAGCCGGACCCGAAGAAAAUGCACAACGGAACGAUCGAGUACACCUCGAGAGAUGCCCAUCAGGGCGUGCCAACGAUGCGGGGCGACAUGGAGGUGCUGGCGUACAAUCUGGUGCACUGGUCGGGGGCGACGCUUCCCUGGGAGGCGGAGAAGCUGUUGACAACCCCGGUCAAGGUGCAGGACUCGAAGGAGAAGCACAUGAAGGACGUUGGCGGGUUUAUGAAGUACUGCUUCAAGAAAGACAUUCCAAAACCGAUACAGGAUUACGCGAAAUACGUUGCGGGUCUUAAAUUUAACGACAAACCGGACUAUCAAAAGUGCAGGAAGAUGUUCGAGUCGGGACUGAAGGAGUUGGGCAAGCCCAACAGUGGCGAUCUAGAAUUUGAGCCGAAGAAGGCCGGUGAAACCUCCAAGAAGAGGGCGGUUGAGCCAGACUCAACCGAGUCGUCCGGUCCAAUGGCCAAACCCCGCAACAGAGCUCCCAAGGUCAUCCAAACUUCACCGGACACGACCUCCCAGGAACCGGCCGCAAGACAAAAGCCGACAACACCAGCCCGUUCGUCUCAGCGCCGACCGCGCGUCGAAACGCCCGACUUGUCCGAACCUGCCCUCAACGGCACCAAAACGUCCACGCCCUCGUCCGAGGUGGUCUCCUCCAAACUCCCUUCGAUGCAGGAGGCCGGUUCCAUCCGCCUAGGCAAGAGCGCCAGCGUGAACGCCAAAAUCAAGACCACGUACGCGUUCAACUUCGAGCUGGACGUCAGCAUCGACGCGGACGUGAUCGUCAACGUGCGCCGCAAGAAGAAGGCACCACAGGCCGCCCCAGAACCUGCCGACUCACCCGUCCCCGAGUCCCCCGUCGCCCCCAUCAACACAACCCCGCGUCGCGUCACCAACUCGCUGCUCAACCCCGUCGCCCGCAACCGCAAAUCCCCCUCGCCACCCGCUCCGGUCCAACCGACCCGGUCGCGAGCCCGCAAACCCCCUCCCCACUCCUUCACCCCAGUCGCCCCCAAGCGGGCUCGCCGAAACAACACCGCCAACAUGACCACCCAAAGCAACACCCACAGCGCGGACACGACCGCCGGCAGCGAGAACAUUAGCGUCAUCUCGCUCAACACGACCGAGGGAUCGGUCCAGCCGGAUGACGACACGGUGCCGAACAGCGACCCGAAUACGCCGGAGCCGCGCUACCUGGCGUCGCGGUCGGUUCGGCAGGCUGGCCGGAGCAACGGAACGAAGCCGGUGCGGGCCGGAGAGUACAAGGGCAAGAAGGCCCGGGCGUAAGGCAUUUUGUUUCUUUCCACCCUUUCAUUUUGUAUGUUUUAUUGUAAGGUUCCAUUUGCUGUUGAUUUUUUUAAAUCCAAAUUUCAGUGUCAUGUGUUGAUGGUGGACUAACCAGUAUCAGUUGGAGAUAAUAAAUCGAACUUGCCGCGUUCGUUUGAUUCAGAUGU